AUGCGGUGGUUCUUCGUCGAAUGUCAUCCCGCUGCUGGAGCAGGUUUACACAAAGUACCUGACUCGUUUGGGCGUGGGCUCGAUUCGCUUCCUUCCCAAGUCGGAGCCAAGAAAUUCUCCUACCGUUUGGUCUCCCACAGCUUCGACGACGCGCCCGUUUCCAGCGAUUUGGUUCUGGAUCUGGAUUCUGGAUCUGGGAAGAAGACGGCGGAGGUUAGCUACACGCCCUUCAGAAAAAAUCCCGUGACUUCCAAUUCCGCUUUGCAGACCUAUUACUACGUCAAUCUCCGGCAAAUUGUCGUCGAGGGGAAGCACGUGAAGGUCCCGUCGGAGUAUCUGGAGCCCGGUUCCGACGGAAACGGUGGCACGAUUGUGAACUCGGGGACGACUUUUACCUACAUGGAGCGGCCAGUUUUCGAGGCGGUGGUGAAGGAGAUUGGGAAGAGGAUGGCGAAUUUCACGGUGGCGACGGAGAUUCAUGAUCUUACUGGGUUGAGGCCCUGUUACAAUGUUUCCGGCCAGGACACGGUGUCGGUCCCCGAAUUGAGCUUCAAAUUCAAGGGCGGGGCCGAGAUGAAGCUCCCCGUGACGAAUUACUUUGUGCUUGCCGGCGAUGGGGCCAUUUGUUUCUCUUCUCUCGUUUGGAUUUGGGUUGUCAACGGCAGGUUUACACAAAGUACCUGA